GCACAGGCCAUUCAGAGAGCCCGCCGUCUCCUAGACAACGAGCCGGCGCCUGCCCUCUGCAGCCGCGGGAGAAUCAGGCCGUAGGUUUCCCUCUCAAGCGCCACUUUCGCCGGGAAAGCUCUCUCGGUGACGUCACCCGCCAGAGGUUCCCUCGCUCGGCCAAUCAGCGGAGAGAACAGCUGGAUAUAAAAGCUCCAGAGGGCCGAGCAGGAGGCAGAUGCAGAGCUCUGUAGACAUGGUGACUUGUAACGUGAGACAACCCGAGCAACACCUGCUCCUGACAUGUGAGGGGCCCCUGAGCCCCAAGAAGAGGAAGAGGGAGGAGAGCACCCCGAAAGACACGGGCAGCAUGUGUGACAGCGCUGGGUGCAGCCGGAGGGUGAAGAGAGCCAAGUACACGAGGCACAGGAAGCAGACUCUGGAGGCCCGGAGCUGUGACUCGGGGGUGUGCGAUCUGUAUGAGACCCCCAGUCCCAGCCCGGAAUCUGAGAGCUGCCGACCGGUCUAUGAUGGUUGUGAGGCCGCCGCCAAAAUCUCCGAUACACUGGGACUGCAGAACUUCAGAGACUAUGGAGAGGAGUGCUAUGUGUUCAAGAAGAGUCUGGAGGAGCAAUACAUGACUGCAGACUGCAUGGCCAAGCAGCCUCAGCUGAAACCGGAAUCUCGCUGCAAACUGAUCAGCUGGCUGAUCCCCGUACACAAACACUUCAAGCUGAGCUUCGAGUCCCUGUGCUUCGCCAUCAAUAUCCUGGACCGAUUCCUGGCCUGCACCCCUGUGGCAACGGACUGCUUCCAGCUAGUGGGUGUCACCUCCCUGCUUAUUGCUUGUAAACAGGUGGAGACACGGCCGCCCCGAGUGAAGCAGCUGCUUGCCUUGUGCUGCGAUACCUUCUCCCGAGAGCAGCUCCGCAAUCUGGAAUGCAUCAUCUUGCUGAAGCUCCGAUUCCAGCUGGCAGCUCCAACCAUCCACUUCUUCCUGCAGCACUUUUCCCUCCUGAAGGUAGCUGAUGGUGUCCCCUCAGAUGCUGAUCUCUCCCAGGCCUCCAGGACACUAGCUGUUGCCAAAGGCAUUGCAGAACUCAGCUUGGCGGAUUAUGCCUUUAACUCGUACCCUCCAUCCCUAAUGGCUGUUUGUUGCUUGGCACUGUCAGAGCGAAUGCUGUGCAGGGAAAGGCCUACCAGUGUUCAGAUCAGUGGUUACUCUGAGAGCCAACUGCAGGAGUGCAUGGACAAGAUUGACUUGCUUAUCUCCCUAAACCGAGAUUCUUUGCAUCUCCUGCUGCCCGACGACCUCCCUGAGAAGAAUAUGGAUUUGGAUAAUUAA